UACCGGCUCAUAUUAUAUCAACUUUGAAAAGCAAACAUAGGAUCAGAAAUUAGACGCCUUCAAGUUUUCAUAUCGCACGAGUGAUAUUUUUUCAAGAUUCCUCUCAAAUUCCGGUAGCUUUUCAUUUGCUGUGGAUGCGUUUAGAUACACUCCGCUUAUAAUAUUUGGUGCUCUUAAAUAGUCGUUGGGAUCGGUUAAAUGCGAAGUGUGGAAGCUCCAGAUUUUCUCCACUGCCGGAUAAGACCGUGUGUGUUUUUGAGGAUAUCAGAUCUUGCACGAUGCGGUACAGAAUCUGAAGAAUGAAUCGAUAAUAUCAAUCAUCUGCGAUAUCCUUCAGGACUUCGAUAACAACGCGAUCGGUUUUCUCCGGCGAACAAGGUCAUGAUGUAUUCGCCGAUUUGUCUAACACAGGAUGAGUUUCAUCCCUUCAUCGAGGCUCUACUCCCUCAUGUCCGUGCCAUAGCCUACACCUGGUUCAACCUGCAGGCGAGGAAACGCAAAUACUUCAAGAAGCACGAAAAACGGAUGUCCAAGGAUGAGGAACGGGCCGUGAAAGACGAGCUGCUCGGUGAGAAGCCUGAAAUCAAGCAGAAGUGGGCGUCCCGUCUCCUGGCCAAGUUGCGUAAGGACAUCCGGCAGGAGUACCGGGAAGACUUUGUGCUCAGUGUAACGGGCAAGAAACACCCUUGCUGCGUUUUCUCCAACCCCGACCAGAAGGGCAAGAUCCGCCGAAUCGACUGCCUGCGGCAGGCUGAUAAAGUGUGGCGGCUGGACCUGGUGAUGGUCAUCCUGUUCAAAGGUAUCCCGCUGGAGAGCACAGACGGCGAGCGACUGGUCAAGUCCCCGCACUGCACCAACCCGGCACUUUGCGUCCAACCCCACCACAUCACUGUCUCAGUGAAAGAGCUGGACUUGUUUCUGGCAUACUAUGUCCAGGACCAAGACUCGCAGCAGUCAGGAAGUCCCAGCAACAAUGAGCCUGGCAAGAACCCUCCAGUUUACUUAGAAGACAGCUUUAUUAAAUCAGGCGUCUUCAGUGUUUCAGAGCUGGUGAGAGUUUCCAGAACUCCCAUCACGCAGGGUGCAGGAGUGAACUUCACCAUGGCUGACAUGCCGAGUCAACCAUAUUAUCAAGACCUGAACUCUGGAGUGAGUUUACACCGGUCACUCUCGUCCCCACCUGGCAGUAAGCGGCCUAAGACGAUCCAAGAGGACAGUAUGGAGACCAGUCCUACCGGGCCAGACUUCUACUCGUCCCCCAGUUCACCUGCCAGCAGACCCUGGCAUGAGAGAGAACAAGCAGACAUGUCCUCUCCCACCAUGAAGAAGCCAGAGAAGCCAUUAUUCAGCCCCACAUCUCCACAGGACUCUUCACCUCGGCUCAGCACCUUCUCCCAGCACCACCACCCAGGACUGACUACUGUUGGCCAUAGCGUAAUCUCCACCAGGAGUCCACCUCCACACUCUCCACUGCAGUUCUCGGCCCCUGCCAUCCUUCCCCCGGCACCCUCGCCCUACAUCUCUCAUGGCGCCAUCCGUUACCCUCCGCACCUGAACCCACCCGAGACCCUCAAGAACUACAUGCAGUCUUACGACCCGUCCAGCCCACAGAGCGGCCAGCCAAACAGCAGUGGUCAGGUACUGGGGAAAGUUCCUGGUCACUUCACACCAGUGCUGGCCCCCUCGCCCCACCAUGGCACGGUCAGACCAGUGUCUCUCUCCAUGGCUGACACCAAGCCAAUCACCACAUCCUCAGAAGGUUAUUCAGCUCCAGGCACCCCUACUGCCAACCGUUUUGUGGGACUGAGCCCCAGAGACCCAGCCUUCCUUCACCAGCAACAGCUGAGGAUUUGUGACUGGCCCGCGAAUCAAAACAUCAGGUCAUAUGGCUCAGAGGAGACUUUGGGGAUUUCUUGGCCAAGUCCUGGUACUUGGGCGAGCUUAAUUCCAUUCCAAGUGUCGAACGGGACUCCGAUUCUGCCAACAAAUGUCCAGAAUUACAGCAUAAACAUCAUUGGUGAGCCCCUCCUCCAGGCAGAAUCAAGUAAUUAAAGGGGGCCUAAAACUUGGAGCCAGGAGCAGCAGGUCCUCAGACAAACCAGCAAGCAGCACUUAUACAAUCGACCUGGACCUUUAUCCCACCCUCUAAUGGACAUUGGCUUAGAGCAGUAGAGUGAGUCGGGUCAAAGCGUUCAGUCAGUCAGUCAGUCAUUGUGUACGGAGGCCCCUAAACUGAGAUACUGUGAUAUUUACCAUACAAAACUUUAGAUGCCUUACUGUAUAUGCAUGACAUGCUAGUCUCUCGUAGUGUUUCUCUUGUUCUUAUGUCACGAUUACUAGUCUUGGUUUACGAAAUGAUGUAGAGAGGGGCGGCCACACAAGGGCUGGCUGGCUGGGUGAUUUGAAAAGCGGGCUGCAAUUCUAAUGAACUUUCAUCAAACAGAGGCUCAUCCUAUUCAUUACAUAACCAUAGGAACAAAUUUUCAAUUAACUUAAUGUUUCUAUUGUCAUAUUUCACGCUAAAUUUAAUUUGCCCAUAGUGCAAAAUCUUUUGGAAUCUGCAGUCUUGUCAAUCCUGUACUUAUUUCCUUUUAAGGUAAAGGUUGGAAAGAGUAAAGAACUCUGAAAAAACUAACGGUAUUACUAGAUAAGAAAUACAACCCCUUUUGAAUUUUUUUUAUAUUUCCUUUAAAAAAAGGAUUUUGAGAAGAAAAAAAAAAAAAGACAAUAUCUCAUAAGAGGCAAGUGCAAUUUAAAUGAUUUUACUGAAGGGAAGCUAUCAUAGUCUGUCUGCCCUAAGACUCUAAAGGAAGGGGGAGUAAAUGUUUCCUAAGUGAACUUAAAUGUAAAACUUAAAAAAAAAAGAAAAGAAAAAACUAUAAAAAAUUGCAUCCUCGAUUCGGCAUACUAGGGAAAGCUGAGGGUGGAAAAGUGGGAUUGACAGUGAACGUUUACGUGAGCAGAACUUAACAUGAACAAGACAGCACUUAUAUUGAGCCGUACCCAACAUGCGGGUCGUUUUUUUUAAAAUUAUUUAUUAAGAUGAAAACUUAAAAUAGGUGAAAAGA